AUGAUCUCACAAACUGAGAGUAGAUUCCAAGAACGUGAUACCUCCACAUUUGCAGAGAUAGUUAAAACUGACAUCACAUUGCAUAAAGAGGAUGUAAAUGAGGUUAAAAACACUUCUGCCAAUACUUCAAUGAGAUUUCGACGUACUCGUAGGAGGGACACGGCUUCUUGUAGGUUGGAGCUCCCGAUAAACUCAUCUACAAUGAAUAGUGAGUCAACAGUGCCCCCUGGUGCGGCUGCUGGUGAAGAGAAAAAGAAUGACAGUGUUCGUUUGGACGAGCUAUUAGUGAGACUUAAAGAAAUUAUAUUUUUAAGGGAAUUGACGAUGGAAGACAAGCUACAUAGGGUGUUAACUGUUAACGUGUUGUUUAGAGUGGUUAAUCUUAUUGAGUGUACAAUUCGUAUCAAAGUGUCCUUUAUGUAA